AUGUUAAUUGGAAGUUUAGGACACUUUAUUUAUGAAUUCAAGUUCGAUGGCUUUACUAAUUUCCCUACUUUGGGAACUUUAUUAGAUGAUGGGGGUGUUGGUUUUGAUUAUAGAAUAAACAUUAAUUUAGAAUAAGAUGAAUAGUUUGGUGGAUAAGGUAGAUUAAAAAAAAUUAAAUAUGAUGUUGUAGAAUAGAUUGUCCAUAAUGAUUUAGUAAGACCUUUUUGUAUUCAUAUUGAUGUACCCUCUUAAACUGGGUUAGUAUUGUAGCCUUUAGAUAAUGAAGAAAAAUUCGAAGAAAAAAAAGAAUGA